AUGGCGUUCAUUCCAAAUUUGAGGAAAGGGGUCGUUGGGCCUCCAGCUCCGACACCGCUCUGUGUCGAUGGGGUCGUUCUACCGACAGAGGGGUCGUUGGCGGCCGUGGAAGCUGCAUGGGCAGCACGGGCGGCGGCAGCGGCGGCGGCGGCGGCAACAGCCGAACGGGCAGCGGCGGCGGCGGCAUUCACCGCUCCCGCUAACGUCGACGAUGGCGACGACGAUGAAGAUGACGACGACAACGAUGAUGGUGACGUUGAUGGCGGUGACGAAGAUGCCGGAACGUUGGCCCCGGCACCCCCAACAACUAGAACCCCACCGAUGGCCACGGCCCCACCGCUGACGAUCACCACGUUGCCAGCGCCUGCAGCUGAAAAGUGUGCCGGCGAUGAGUUCAUUAGAUUUGUGGAGGUAGAAAUACCCGUUGUUGUAGGCGACGAGAUACGAGAUGAAGGUGAUGAUGAUGAUAGAUUGUUAGACGGCGUGGAAGUGAGGUUUGUCGGUAGGCCAGUUACACCGCCGAGUCCGACACCGCUACGGGCGAUGAGAGGCGGGGUUCGAUCUCGGAGUAGAUUUUCCACCAAGAACGACGUUGAAGCCGUCGUUGAUGGUGGAGGGGUGGCCAAUGCGACUGGGGGCGCCCGGAACACACUCUGGUGUAAACUUUCCCUAUCUAUCUAUCUAUCUAUCUAUCUAUCUAUCUAUCUAAAUGCAAAAGAGUCUUUCUAA